AUGGAAAUAAACUGGAUUCGAGGCAUUGACGACCAAAGCCUCGAGCACAAGGCGAUCUGGCUCGCAGAGCUCACGCGACAAAUGCCCGAGCUGCCUCUCCGUCUAGCCACCCAACACCGUCCAGGCCAUGCCGCCACGCACAUCUCAAAUCUGACAGCCGGGUCCUCGGCCCUGUAUUGCCUCGUGACAUUCGACGACGGGGUCUGCGUAACAAUCCGGUUCCCCAUGCCUGGCAGUACGAAUGCCUCCCUUGAAAUAAGCAGCAACGAGGUCUCGGUGAUGCGGUACCUCGCCCGCACAACCAUCAUCCCUGUCCCCACCGUGCUCGGCGCCGGAACCUGGGACUGCGGUCUGUACAUUGUCACCGAAUUCAUCGAUGGAGUCCUGCUAUCCCACCAUCUGCAUAUGGGUCUGGACCCCACUAGCAGCAUUCUCACCCCCACACUCAUCCCAGACGCCGAACUCCAAAGAGCAUACCACUGCAUGGCGCAGGUGAUGCUGGAACUCUCAAAGCCAACCUUCCCAUCAAUCGGCGCGCUGGUACAAACCCCCGACGCAAAAUGGACUAUCCAGUCACCAAGCCCUACGACCAUGCAACCCGCCACAGCAUACGCAAACCCACCAACCCCCUUUCCACGCAACCCCUUCACCACAGCAAACGCAUACUUCGUCGACCUCGCAACACAAUACCUGCACCACCUCUUCCACCAGCGCAACGCCGGCCUCCUGCCUGACCCCGUUGCCUGGAAGGAGAAGUACAUCGCGCGCUGCCUCUUCCAGCGCAUCGCACGGAGCAUGAAGACGCAGCGUGGCCCGUUCAGGUUAUACAGCGACGACUUCAGCCCGGCGAAUGUGCUCGUCCUGCCCAAUACCCCUAGCCCCGAUAUUCCAGACACAGAAACAGCAGACUUCAGCGUCACGUCCGUAACAAACUGGUCGUCCACCUACAUCGCGCCCAACGAGUUCACGUACACCGCGCCCUGGUGGCUCCUCUUCCAGUCGUCCGGGUGGGAGGCAGAUCUCAGCCAGUUCAUGAAUAAGAGGACGCCGCAUCUCGCCAUGUUUCUCUCCGUGCUGAGGAGCGUCGAAGACGAGCAGGUUGCGCGGGGGACGCUGGAUAUCGCUAUCGCACGCGGGAAUGGGCGGCUGUCGAGCCGCAUGGCGGAGUCCCUGCACACCGGGCUCUUCUGGUUCUAUCUUGCGGCCAGGAAGCCUCGUGUCUUUGAUGAUGUCUACUGGGCUUUUCUGGAUGGGCGCUGGUUUGGGCACCUGGGGUCGCUGGAUGAGAGGUUGGCGCUGCUGUCGGAGAGUGAGAUGGAGGAGUUUGAUGCGUGUGUUGAACCGCAGGUGAGAGGGGGGAUUUGGCCUGAGGGGCCGGGGGUGGAGAAAGGGGAUGGUGAUGGGGAUGGGGAUGGGGAUGGGGAUGGUGAGGAUGGGAUUCUUGAGGUGCCGGGGAUAGAGCCUAGUGGUGGGCUGGUGUGA